UUUAUUCCUCGAAAUAUUUAUGGAAAUAGCAAAAGUCCAGAAGAACUGCCAAUGGUCAUUUGUUUGACAACACAUCAUUGUCAAGAGCAAAUCAGCCCAAAAGCAUCAAGGUCCGGUGUUUUCCCAUGUCAUUAUGUCCAGACUUGAUCUUUGUUUCGGCUAGUGGAAUCUGGCUGGUUGAGGUAUAUGGCCUUUCCAACAAAGGAGCGGGAGCUGUUUAUGCUCUGACAAUGCUGAAAAUUGAUGCAUGUGACUAGAGGUUUCUGGUAUGCCACGGAAAGGCAGACAUGUGUUGAAUGGAGAUGAUCAAUAAAUUCAUCGGAUUUAGAUCAAAUUUAUAAGCCCUAUACCUCCCUGCACAAGCCUUCAUCAUAGCGCAUCCUCCCUUAUGCCCGCAAAGCCUAAUCCUGAGAAUUGGUGAUACAAAGUGUUGAUAUUUUGAGAACAGUCCAUCUGUGUGUGCUAUAAUUCUCCUUGUGGUUAUCUCUUUUAGAAUUCACCCGAGGAUGACUACUCUUAAAAGGAGCAAAACCCUACCAGCGGAUGGGCAAACCACAAAGUUCCUAUAUACAAUUCUGAAGCAGCUAGAUCUGAAAUCGGUUGAUUGGAAUUUGGUUGCAUCACAGCUGGAUAUUAGCAAUGGCCAUGCUGCUAGAAUGAGAUUUUCCCGCUUUAGGCAGCACAUGGAAGGGAUAACCAGCACUCCCAGAACCCCUCGGGCUAAGAAACCGAAAACGGAAAAAGCAAAAUCAAAGAAGCAGCAGACACUUGAUGACUUAAAGGUAUGGCCUGAGCCGCCGGUCAUCAAGCCUGAGCCGUUUAUCAAGCCGGAACCGGUCAAUAUUAGUCAAAUAGAUCCCUGUCUCCUUGCAAUUCCCCGGGCUUCGGGACCAAUACAAGCUCAACCUUUUCCAACCGUCACACCCGCCGAUCUUGUCAGGCCCUAUCCACCCUCCGAGAUACCAGUUGGGUAUCGGCGACCACCCGUUGGAGAGAAUUGGCCUCAGAUUAAAAUGGAGCCAUGCGAUCAGGAAGUUGUUAUGACAGAUGUAUUGGUGAAAAUAGAACCUGAGAAUUGAGGGUCAGGUCAUGGCUGUGGUUAAGUCCUUUGCUGUCCAAUAUUAUGUGAUACUUACCUCCUCUGGUCUGUUUUAUCAUUCUUCCUAAGGAAUGGUUAUUGCAAAAGUGGGUUCUCCUUAGAACCAUUGCAGUCUCGCGUGUCUAAGAUUUUUCCAUAUCUAUGGUUAGAUCAUAUGUUAUUUCAGCUUUCUUUCUGAUGUGACUUUCAGUUGGUAGCCGCUCAUGAGGCUCACUAAUCUUACAUUCUCUGUUGGCUCAACCAGUUUAAGUUUCCUAUGGUGAUUUAACAACUGCUGACUCGCAUAUCCCUUCAUUCUUGACUACCAAGUUAGAAUCUCCCUUCAUACCAACAGGACAGAAAUAGGUUGCAAGCUAACUGUAUGUAACCUAGUGAAUUCUCGAUAAUACUGUUGUCAUAACUGUAACAUUUGUCAUAGUUACAGCCCUUGAACACAACCUUCGUUCUC